GAUUCCUAUGUCCAAAGUUGCCUUGGAUUCAGCAUUUAACAUGGAAGGUAGAGUGCUAGAUCAUGAUCGUAGUUCACUAAGUCCAGCUACUGUCCAAGCUUUAGUAUGUGCACAAGAUUGGAUGCGGAAUGAAUUAGAAGAUUCAAAAUCGUUCUCAAGCCAUUCUACUUUGCCCUUAUGUGUUGAUACAAGUCAGCAAGUCAAUGUUAUUUCUGGAUCAAGAUGGGGUGGCUAUAUGGUCCUGGGUUUGAAGGCCUAAGAUGGACUUACUGCUAGUUGGUUCUUUUGCUUUAUAAGACAAAAAGUAUGCUGUGGGGAUGACUGGUAGGUGAGAAACUGAUGGUCACCCUUUUCUCCUAACCUCUUUUACCAGUGACCGACAUUUCAACAUAGAGCCUGCCUUACUAUUUGGAAUAAGAUGUCAGGCGUAGGUUUAUAUUUUUCCCCAUGAGUGGCUGACCAGCUGUUUUCUGAUUUAAUUUGUGGUCUUUGGUUGCUAAUCUCAGUUGGGAUACACAGUUAAUGAACAGAUUAGAUAAUAAUUGUCUGAAUGGGUUGGUGCUUUAGCUUCGUUAUUCCAGAAUGAGGAGGCAGAUAUGAUCCUCCUAAUAAUUUAAGAACUGAAGAUUUCAGGGAUGUUUCUUUCUGAUCUGUCAUGCUUUAAUAUUAAGUUUAUAAAAUCCUGUAGAAUCUUGGUAGUCUUCCAGCAAAAUAAUUGGAAGAAUGACGAGCUGCAUGGAGACUCUGAGAUGGAUGCUGUUUGGAUGA